AUGAUAAUAAUCUUCAUUUUAAUAUCUAUAACUCGUCAGACUAUAAUUUAUGAGUUUAAUGCUAAUUCUUAAGCAAAAGAUGGUAAUUUCUUUAUUUUUAUAUUAGGAUGGGAAGGUAGUUCUAAUUUCUAUACUUGUGGCGGGAUUAUAUAUUUUGGGUUUAUUAAUUCUAAUAGUUAGAUUAGCAGGAUUUUUUUAGAUCUAGAACCUCAUUCUCAUAUUACAGUGGAUGCCCAAUUUAUAAGGUAUUUAAUAUACUUAAUAACAAAGCAUUGAUAGCAAUCCUCCAACUUAAUUCUACAUAGACUCAAAAAUAUAAAAUAAUGUGUAAGUGAUAUCAUCUUAAAUUACGAUGUGUGGCGGUGCAUAAUCUCAAUAUAUUCAAACUAUUUCUAUUACAAAUUAACAUAACAGAAGAACUCUGUGGAUAUCUAUUAAUUAGCAGCCUGGAGGAUUAAUAUCAUUAAAAUUAAGUAUCAUAAAAUGUUUGUUUGAAUCUGCUGGAUGCAUAGAUAAUUAUCAUGCAAUAUUUUAAUAAUGGAAACUGCAUUAAUAUUCAUUUAAUAAAAAAUAAAUAACGUAUUCAGAGGGAUGGACUUUUGAAUUAAGUUAAAUUGUAUAUUUAUAAGAAUGUGGAAAAUGCAAAUUUGUGUUAUUUUAAUUCAUUAAAUACUAAACCUAACUACCUCCUCAUUAAGAUAUAUUAAUAAGGCUGUAUAAAUUAGAUCUAACUACAAUGGUAGCAAUUGUAGUAGACUAUAUAUAUGGUUAAUAAACUAUUGAUAGUCGUUAUUUAAUAGAAAUAUUAAUUAGAAAUCAUCGUGAUCCGAUAUUAUAACUGAAUAUUAAUGCUCUAUCAUUUAUUCAAAUAAGAGAUUUUGAACUAUUUUAUACUGAACCAGAAAUAACAUUUAAGAAUUUGAAUGAAGGGUGUUUAGAAUAAAUAAAUGAUAAAUGUUUAAUUUGUUAAGAAGGUUGGAUUUAAGAUGAAUUUCUAGAAAAUUGUCAUCCAAUUUGUGGAGAUGGAAUCAUUCAAGGUUAAGAAUAAUGUGAUUAUCUAAUAUCUAAUCACUCUUGUAUUCAAUGCAAAUAUUCUUGUGUUGAAAAUUGUUAAAUUUGUUAAUUUGGAAUUUGUUUAUAAUGCAUAGAUGGAUUUAUAAUUAAUUCAAAUUUUAAUUGCGAUCCUUUUUGCGGAGAUGGCAAUUUGAUCCCAUAUUCAGUUGAAUAAUGUGAACUGACUGUUAAUGGUGUAUGGGAUGGUUGUUUGGAUUGCAGAUUUAUUUCAAUCCCUAAUUGUAAAACUAACUAUUUUUCAAUUUGCUUAGAGUGCGAAGUAGGAUUUUAAAUGUUAGAAAAUGUAUGUUAUCCAUAUUGUGGAGAUAAAUUCGUUCUCUAAUAAUAUGAGGAUUGCGAUGAUGGAAAUUUUGAUCCUUAUGAUGGUUGUUAUUAAUGUUAAUAUUAAUGUUCAUAAGGCUGUCUUGAUUGUGAAUAAGGAUAAGUUUGUAAAAAAUGUGAUCGCUAAUACAUCUUAAAUAAUGAUACUGCUAAAUGCUAAGAGAUCAAGCCAUUAGAUGAAGAAGAUUAGAAUGAAGAUAAAAAUAAAGAUGAAAAUGAGAAUAUCAUUUGCAGCAAAAAUUCUAUAUUAAUCGAUUAUGAAUGUGUUAAUUAAUGUGGAAAUGGAAUUCUUAAUUAAAAAUAUGAAUAAUGUGACGAUGGAAACUUAAUUGGAGGAGAUGGGUGCUCAUAUUUAUGUUUAGAAGAAGAUUACUAUUAAUGCUAAAAUCAUGAAGGCAGCAUGAGCAUUUGUACUUAUAUUCAACCUCCUGAUUUUAUGGUAUAUCGUCUUUCUAGCUAAACAAAUGACACUUAAGUAAUUGAAUUAAGAUUCACAUAGAAAGUCAAAUUACUAGCUGAUUUAAACUUUGAAGAUUUUGCAGUCGUUUUCCUUAUCAAUAAAACCAAUUCAGUAAUUAGUAUCAAGCCUGUUGUAAAUCUAACAACAACAUUAGAUUACCCAAUAUAUUAAAUUAUUGUUUAUUUUAGAGAACUUGUAAAGGAUCCAGUUCUUUAGAUUAAUCUAGCUUAAAUAACUAUUAAAGAUGAAUAUGAUUUAGAUUUAAAGAGAAAUGAGAUGCAAAUAAGUCUUGGCAACCCAUUUGUGUUAUCUGAGAGCACCCAAAAAAAAGUGGCAUAAAUUAUACUUCUUAAUGAUGGAAUGAUUUAUUCCAU